UGCGCCAAAACCAAAAGGAGCAAAAGUUUUCCAUUUUGAAAACCUCAUAAAUUACCCUUGAAGCUCGUCCUACAACGAAUCCCCUCACAGAGAGAGAGAGCGACGAUUUUAGAGAGAGAGAAAGAGGGGAAUCAAUUUUAGAAUGAGAGAGGAAAUCUUGCAUCAUCGAUAAGGACGGUGGCAUGCACGCUUCCUGAUUUGGCACUUCGCAUGCGAGUAAGGAUAAAAAUGGAGUUUUAGAGAGAGAAAGUCGGAGGUCUCUGGGAACAGGGAGAGAGAGUAGUAGUGUUUUCUGGUUUGAAGGGAGAGAGAAACACCAAACCCUAGUGUGAGAAUUAACAAUGGCGCCUCCUUCUUCAUGGAACCUAGCGGCCCUUCCGAUCAUGGCUUUGAAGGAUCGCAUAGUUGAGAAGAUAAACAGCAACCGUGUCACUCUCAUAGUUGGUGAUACUGGCUGUGGGAAAAGCUCACAAAUUCCCCAGUUCCUCCUACAGGCAGGAUUGCAGCCCAUUUUGUGUACCCAACCUAGAAGGUUCGCUGUCGUGGCAGUUGCAAAAAUGGUUGCUGAAGCUCGUAGUUGCCAAGUUGGAGAUGAAGUUGGAUAUCAUAUUGGUCAAUUGAAAAGAACAAAUCCAUGGUCAAAGAUUGUAUUUAAAACAGCAGGAGUCUUGAUGGAAGAAAUGCGAGAGAAAGGGAUUGCGGCGCUUAAAACGUACAAGGUCAUCAUUUUAGAUGAAGUCCAUGAGAGAUCUGUGGAAUCUGAUCUGGUUCUUGUUUGUGUAAAGCAAUUUAUGCUGAAGCAUAAUGAAUUGAGGGUGGUAUUGAUGUCUGCAACUGCGGAUAUAACAAGAUAUAGGGACUAUUUUAAGGAUCUUGGUAGGGAUGAAAGAGUGGAUGUACUUGCCAUCCCAAGCACGUCAAAGGAAACUAUCUUCCAGCGGAAAGUUCUCUAUCUUGAACAGGUCACUGAGCUUCUGGAAGUAAAAUCAGAUUUUUUGUCUGCUUUAGAAGCUGAUACAAUAUCUUCGAGUUCUGUUGCUGAUAUCACACCUCAAUUCCACAAUCUUAUACGUGAUUUGGUUUUGUAUAUUCACAAAACUGAACCUGAUAUCGAGAAGAGUAUUUUGAUUUUCCUUCCUACUUAUCGUUCAUUGGAGCAACAAUGGUCACUUCUAGCAGAAUCAGAAUUGCAUUUUAAAGUGCAUAUUUUGCAUAGCAGCAUUGACACUGAACAGGCACUUAUGGCCAUGCAAAUAUGCAAGUCUGACCGAAAGGUGAUAUUAGCAACAAAUAUUGCUGAGUCAUCUGUUACAAUACCUGGAGUUGCUUUUGUGAUUGAUUCAUGUCGAUCACUGCAAAUAUUCUGGGAUGACAAUAGGAAGAGAGAUGCUACAGAGCUUGUUUGGGUGUCCAAGUCCCAGGCUGAUCAGCGUAAAGGACGAACAGGCCGCACCUGCGAUGGCCAGAUUUAUAGACUGGUUCCCAGAACACUCUUCAAUAGUUUUGUUCAGCAUGAAAUACCGGCAAUAUUGAAAUUGUCAUUGAGGAAGCAGGUUAUUACAAUUAGCUGCGCUGAAUCAAAGAUCAUCUAUGAUCCAAGAGCUCUAUUGCGUAAAGCUUUGGAUCCGCCAAAUCCUGAAAUAGUGCGAGACGCUCUCAAUUUGCUUGUUCAUCUUCAUGCAUUGGAUGCACCAACCUCUCAUAGGGGCAGGUAUGAGCCAACCUUCGUUGGCCACCUGCUUGGGGGUCUUCCUUUGAAUUUUGAUGCUUCAAUGCUUGUGAUCAAGUUUGGUGAGAUUGGAAUGCUUCGGGAAGGUAUUCUGCUUGGUAUAUUAAUGGACUCCCAGCCUCUUCCUAUACAUCAUCCAUUUGGGCAGCACAAGUUGUUUGCAGAAUACCUAGACAACUACUUCCAAAUUGAUCCUUCUAUCACACCACGUGCCAGUUUCAAGGAAGUGGAAUUAAUGGGAAAUCUAUGUGCUUUUGGAUUAUGGCAACGUGUAUUUAAGGAUAAAGAUCGAUUGGAACAACUAAAACAAGAGGCUGCAGUUAAUGGGGAAAAAUCUAUAUUAGUAUUGAAUCCUAGCCUUGAAAAGGAGUGGUGCUCUUCCCAUAAUCUAGUGCAGCGAUCUCUUCAUGCUAUUGGUGAAACAUAUGACGUGUUACUCCAUGCAAUGCACCGAUUCCGUCCCAAUUUUCUUGUCGGGUCUCACGUGCUACCCAACUACUAUACUCCCAAUGAAUUAAGACAUAAUUGCCUCCUUCAUCAGGGGGAUAGUGAGGACGACAAUUACAUAGGUGCUGGAACUAGCCUUCUUGAGGUUAAUAUGCAAACCAAUGUUUGUAUUGAUUCACCAUUUGUUACGCCGAGGGAUUUCCAAGCAAGCUCUGUGGCAGCUAAUUUGAGAAGCGUAAUCAAGGAGAUAAGAGUUUUAUGCACUGAGGAUGUUUCUGAAAAUCAACAUGGACAAGAGAAGCUUGUAAAUGACCCAUUUGUAUGUAGAUUCUUUCUGAAUGGAUCAUGUGACAGAGGAAGCCAAUGCCAGUUUCUUCAUUUCCUUCAUGAGAUGAAACCGCCAUGCAGAUAUUUUUUUAGUCUAGAGGGAUGCCGCUAUGGGGCUUCUUGCCGGUUUUCACAUAGCAUUCCAGGCUUUGAUGGCUCAUUAAUGGGGGUCCCAUGUGCACCAGAGAUUGCCUCUCAUGAACCUUACCAGCUUCUCCCGCUAUGGACUACGAAACUGGGUUACUUCGUUCUUAUACUUGAUGAUGGGGAGCUUAAUUUUACCUCAAGAUUAUCUCAGUAUUUUCAAACAAGCAACAUUGUAGUGGCAACUGAGCAACAAUUCCCAACUAUACCUGAGGGUAUUCCUAUGGGCAUUACAAUACUAGAAGGUGUGGAUUUUCCAAUGGCAUUUAUCUCCAUGAAUGCAAAAAAGGUACCCAUCAUCUGGAGAAAAGUGCAGAGUGUAUUAUGGUGCGUGAAAUUUAUGGAAAAUAAUGAAGAUUUUGAGAGCCAGAGUGGCCUUCUGGAAAAGCUCUUUAAGUGUCUAGCGAUCAGGUGUUUGGCUGACGGUUUACAUGACAUGCAACUGAUCCUCAUUAUGAACAAUCUCAGGUUUUCGCAACUUCAGGUGGAAAGGUUGGGCCAGGACUGUUUCUUUUUCCUCAUGGAGUCAAUUCCUUUCGAUGAAGCGACAUUUGGUGAGUUUUUGGAUUGCAGCAUGACAAGGCAGAAAAUGGUGGCAUGCAUGCCGGUUAUUUACAUUUUCAAGCUUCAUCCACCCUCAAAGACACUCUUUGGAGAUUAUACCUCAACUCUUCGCAAUAAUUUAUACUAUGGACAAAGCCAUGCUUGAUGUCAGUAGUGUCUUUUCCUUUCAUUUGGUGCAUAAAGUGGCAGGCCCAUCUGGGAAAGCUGACACAGAUUUGUGUGCAAAUAUGGUCGUGGAAGCUGAAUAAGAUUUAUCUUUUUGCAAGGUUGGGUGCUCUGUUAAGUGUUAGAGAGGGUAUUGUUUUUGGCCGAAAACCAUUUGUGAAUGACCAUUUGGGUGCUGUGUUAAGUGUUACACAUGGGGUCGCUUUAGGCAUUGUACCCAUUAUAGUCAGUUAACCCACACAUAAUUCAUCUCCUAUUCAUCUUGGACAUGCAUUUCAGAUCUAAAAUUUAUCAGGACUGGUAUAUUGAAAUGAGCUUUUAAAUAAUUAUUUAGAGAUCAUCAGAUUUGUGCUGUUUUUUGAGCUCCAAA